AUUCUUGGCCAUGCCGCCCAUCUUAGCAAUACAUCCAAUUGGGGAAUUGCUCUCACGAAACGUGACGACGGCAGACGGCUCAGGUUCUGGGCUGCCUGUUGUAUGUGCUUGGCCAGUCAGUGGUCAGUAUGGCCCUGGCUCAAGAGUACUNNUUACUAUGUUCUCGUUGUUCUAUGCGUCUUUGGUAAAAAGGCAGAUUGGAUAAAGGAUGCCUGUUUGGCAGCCGUACUGCUGUUCCCUGCUGUCGCUGCCCUCCAUGGUAUUACACUUGCGGCUUUGCAUGUCGAUGGAGCUGUAGAUAUGGACAUCUAUGGAGCUUUUCAGCUAUGCGCUCUAGGUAUCCUAGCAGCUCCAGCGACCGUCAAAAAUUCACGGACAUAUUUUAUGGACCCUGGUCGAAACAUAAUAUUUCUCUGGACUGGUCUCAUCCUAUCUGGGCUGCUGAGCCUUGCUGUCGAGUUCUUCCGCACCAAAUCACAGAUAUGCAAGUUGGACGACGGAAGUCUCAUAUCUCUUACGAACUUCCCCUACGGGAACACGACCUGCGGCAUGACUUGCUCCGAAACUGACGGGCCGACCUCUCCAAUGCGCAAAGACGCUGCAAAUAAUAUAUAUGUAAUACCCGCUCCGACUCUUCUGACCUUCGGCACUGUCACGCUGCUCUGCGCCGCAUGUUGUAUACCGGCUAUCUUGACGCUCAUAUCCAUGUGGAACAAGAUUCUCGAGAUCAAUUGGAAGUCGCGCUUUGCCGUAGAGACUGAAAAGGAAAAAGAUCCAGAAGAGAAGAAAGUCAAAGCUAUUAACAGCCUUAUCAAGCGCUUCUUGAACGUCAUUGAAGCACCACUGUUUGGCCUUGCCGUGGUCGUCAUCCUCAUCCUCGGCGAAAUCAACUUGUUCAGUCAACCAGUGAGAUACCAGACUGAACCUAUAGCUAGUAUCGGUCAAUGGGCGCCAAUUGUUGGUACAGGACUCGCUGUGAUGGGCUCGCUCGUUGUAUACUUGACCACCACAUCCGCUGAAUCAGACAAUGGUUCUAUCUCUGACCAGCCACAUGAUAGCACAGACGACAACUCCCUAUCCAACUCAUCUUGUCAUGGAAGUGUUCGACCAGACACGCAUGACUCCAAUCACAGCAAGAUCAAAUCUAAUGCUUUAACACAUGUCAACACUCAACGCAGUAUGACUAGUACAAUCCUCGCCGACAGAGGAGGUCGUCGCAAAGUUGCUCAGUUCAUGACAAAGAUAGGCGACUAUAUGGGGACUCCCGGCCAUGGACAAUUUGACACCUCGUCAUUCAGACGUGAUGCCAACACAUAUCCAACGAUACCGGGAGAACAAUUUCGGGCUGAAGGCUUGACAAAUACAGAGAGACGAUAUAAUUCUGGUCGCUUGUCUAGAUCCAAUAGUCGCGCUUCAGAUAUGCGCGCUCCUCUUCCAUCUUCGCAUGGUUAUGCACAGCGACGGUCACGGUCUGAUUCGAUGGGAGCCAGAUCAAUCGACAGUCAAGACCCUGUUUCAAACCCCAUUGUCGCAACUCCAGCGAUAACUACUCAAAGCCGAAGAAAUACUCUCGAAGUACCGGGAAGAGACCUUCUGGAAGUGCCAGGAAGAGACCUUCUGGAGGUACCGUCUCCAGCUCACAUUCCCUCCAGAGAAGCCUUGGAGAGAUCGAGAAAUUCACUUGGACCAAGUACCCAGCCA